AUGAAGGAGGAUGACAAUUUGGCGCCGAAGGUAGCCAACGAGGAAGCCAGCGGAAGUUGCAACCCAGGAAAAUCGAAUCCUUCCAAGCAUGACAAGGAGUCCCAAAAGGACUAUGGCGACGGACCGGAAUACUGGGAUCUGAGAUACAAAGAAGAUCCAGAACCCUUUGAAUGGCUUCGCAGCUAUUCUGACCUCAAAGACUUUAUUUGCUGUGACAAAUCUGCAGAUAUUCUCCAUGUGGGCUGCGGAAAUAGUUGCCUCACCGAAGAGAUGUACGAUGAGGGUUACCGCAACAUCAUCAACAUCGACAAUUCCCCAGUGGUCAUCACCCAGAUGAUCGAACGCAACAUGGACAGGCCUGAGAUGCUGUGGUUGGAGAUGGAUGCAUUGGCCAUGCCUUUGCCUUCCAAUGCCUUUGAUCUUGUCAUCGACAAGAGCCUCAUGGAUACCUUCGCAUGUGCAGAGGAAAUGCCCUUGACCAUCAUCACAUAUUUGAUGGAGGUGGCGCGCGUGCUUCGGACGGGUGGCCUCUUCUUGGUGGUCUCCUAUGGGGCACCCGCCCAGCGCCUGGCACCUUGA